CCCCAGCCUCUCCCAUUCUUUCCUCCACCUCCCUCUCUCUUUCUCAACCUCUUCUCCAACGCCGUUCCCAUCCCGCCCAUACGUCCCGUCGAGACGCGGUGGAGCGGAUGGCUCGUGUCGAGCUCAGGUGCUUCCGGGGGGCUCUGGAAACCAGUCCGCAACCCCCCUCUUUAGCAGUGGAUGCAGCUUGAGCUUCUCUGUGGACGUGAGGUCCCCAUUGGGGAUGUUUUUACAAGAGGAUAAUUCCACCUGGAGGUGAUUUUUUUUUCUUUUGGGAAGGGAUGAAGGACAGUUUUGAGCUGGAUCUCCAGGGGAACAUCCUGACUCCAAGCACAAAAGCUAAUUGACAACCAGGAGGAGGUGUGACAUCCACCUCCGAACUAAAAGGGGAGAUAAUCAGGAGCGGGAGGAGAAGAUCCCCUCCCUCGUAGCGCCGCUGUUCUCGCCCACCUGUGUGGAUUAAGCAGAAAACGGCAUGGCGCACGCCGCCUCACAGCUGAAGAAGAAGGCGGACGAGAACCUUGUGGCGGCUGAGGAAGAGCGGGAGAAGGAGCGCAAGCGGGCCAGGAAGCGGGCACGAGGCGACGUCAAGAAAAAGACGGACGUAAAUGCUUGUUACCUACGAGCAGCUCGCGCCGGCAACUUGGAGAAAGCGUUGGACUACUUAAAGAAUGGUGUGGAUAUCAACAUUUGUAAUCAGAAUGGCCUCAACGCACUGCACUUGGCCUCAAAGGAGGGUCAUGUGGAAGUGGUCGCCGAGCUCCUCCAGCAGGGCGCCAACGUGGAUGCCGCCACCAAGAAGGGCAACACCGCGCUGCACAUCGCCUCCCUGGCUGGCCAGAUGGAAGUGGUGAAGGAGUUGGUAACGCACAAUGCCAACAUCAAUGCACAGUCGCAGAAUGGCUUCACGCCACUGUACAUGGCAGCGCAGGAAAAUCACCUUGACGUUGUCCAUUUCCUGCUGGAGAACGGAUCCAGUCAGAGCAUUGCCACAGAGGAUGGCUUUACACCGCUGGCGGUGGCGCUGCAGCAGGGCCACGACCAGGUCGUGUCGCUGCUCCUGGAAAACGACACCAAGGGCAAGGUGCGCCUCCCGGCGCUACACAUCGCCGCCAGGAAGGAUGACACUAAGGCCGCCGCCCUUCUUCUGCAGAGCGACCACAACGCAGACGUGGAAUCCAAGAUGAUGGUGAAUAGAACAACAGAGAGUGGCUUCACGCCUCUCCACAUCGCUGCUCACUACGGCAACAUCAACGUGGCCACACUGCUGCUCAACAGAGGCGCUGCUGUCGACUUCAAGGCUCGGAAUGACAUCACACCGCUGCACGUGGCCUCCAAGCGUGGGAACGGUAACAUGGUACGCCUCCUGGUGGAGCGAGGGGCCAAGAUAGACGCACGGACCAAGGAUGGUCUGACGCCACUGCACUGCGGUGCUCGCAGCGGCCACGAACAGGUGGUUGAGAUGUUGCUCAACAGAGGUGCACCCAUUCUCUCUAAAACCAAGAACGGUCUAUCGCCGCUCCAUAUGGCGACGCAAGGCGACCACCUCAACUGUGUGCAACUGCUGCUGCAUCACGACGCGCCUGUUGAUGAUGUGACCAAUGACUACCUGACAGCGCUGCAUGUCGCCGCCCACUGCGGCCACUACAAGGUGGCCAAGGUUAUAGUGGACAAGAAGGCCAACCCCAACGCCAAAGCUCUGAAUGGUUUCACACCGCUGCACAUCGCCUGCAAGAAGAACCGAGUCAAGGUGAUGGAGCUCCUGCUUAAGCACGGUGCCUCCAUACAGGCCGUCACCGAGUCUGGCCUGACUCCUAUCCAUGUUGCUGCAUUUAUGGGUCAUGAAAACAUAGUCCACCAACUCAUCAACCACGGCGCUUCGCCCAAUACCAGCAAUGUGAGAGGGGAGACUGCGCUUCACAUGGCUGCAAGAGCGGGACAAUCCAAUGUAGUGCGAUAUUUGGUCCAGAACGGCGCACGAGUUGAUGCAAAAGCCAAGGAUGAGCAGACACCGCUGCACAUCUCCAGUCGUCUGGGUAAGCAGGACAUUGUCCAACAGCUGCUUGCCAACGGGGCAUCGCCCGACACCACGACCAGCUCGGGUUAUACGCCCCUCCACCUGGCUGCCCGUGAAGGACACCGAGAGGUGGCGGCGGCACUGUUGGACCAAGGGGCCAGUCUUGGCAUCACUACUAAGAAGGGCUUCACACCACUGCAUGUGGCGGCAAAAUACGGCAAGCUGGAGGUGGCCAACCUUCUGUUGCAGAAAAACGCUGCCCCUGACGCCGCCGGCAAGAGUGGACUAACACCACUGCAUGUCGCCGCACACUACGAUAACCAAAAGGUGGCGCUGUUGUUGCUCAAACAAGGAGCCUCGCCGCAUGCUGCCGCCAAGAAUGGCUACACGCCGUUGCACAUUGCAUCCAAGAAGAACCAGAUGGAGAUUGCCACCACCCUGCUAGAAUACGGCGCAUCGACCAACGGUGUGACGCGGCAAGGCAUCACCCCGCUGCAUUUGGCCGCGCAGGAGGGCAAUGUGGACGUGGUGACGCUGCUGCUGGCACGGGACACUCCAGUCAACAUGGGAAAUAAGUAUGGCUUGACUCCGCUCCAUCUGGCUGCUCAGGAGGACAAAGUCAAUGUGGCUGAGGUUUUGGUCAACCAUGGAGCCACAUUAGACCCUGAGACCAAGUUGGGUUACACUCCUCUCCACGUGGCCUGUCACUACGGCAACGUGAAGAUGGUCCACUUCCUGCUUAAAAACCAGGCCAAGGUCAAUGCUAAAACCAAGAACGGCUACACUCCUCUUCAUCAGGCUGCCCAGCAGGGACAUACACACAUUAUCAAUUUACUUCUGCAUCAUGGGGCGUCGCCCAACGAACUCACAACGAAUGGGAACAGCGCCUUGUCCAUUGCUAGGAGGCUGGGCUACAUCUCAGUGGUCGACACACUCAAGGUGGUCACUGAGGAGACGCUGACUACACAGACGGUCACAGAGAAGCACAAGAUGAAUGUUCCAGAAACCAUGAAUGAGGUGCUAGACAUGUCAGACGAUGACGCCUGUCGGGCCAGUGCUCCCGAAAUGAUCACAGAGGACUAUUUGUCCGAUGUUGAUGAAGAGAUGGAUUUUGGAAAUGUCUACAUCAGCUAUUCGUGCGACGACGCCAUGACAGGGGACACGGACAAGUACCUGGCUCCCCAGGACUUGCGAGAGCUGGGCGACGACUCACUGCCUCAGGAGGGCUACAUGGGCUUCAGCGUGGGGGCACGCUCACAGAGCCUGCGUUCCUUCAGUUCUGACAGGUCCAACACGCUCAACCGAAGCUCGUUUACACGAGACAGCAUGAUGAUUGAAGAGAUUCUAGCACCCAGCAAGGACAUGAUGCUCUGUAGGGAGAAGUCUUUCACUUUAGAACACCACAACAAGCACUUAGCGGUUGCCAAAGACUGCGACAACGACUCCCUGAGAAGAUACAGCUGGACACCAGACGCUAUGGAUAAUGUCAACCUCGUCUCCUCGCCAAUCCACUCCGGUUUUUCCUCUCCGCUCCCGCAGUACGACAGCAGGUUCCUCGUGAGCUUCAUGGUGGACGCCCGCGGUGGAUCCAUGCGAGGCAGCCGCCACAAUGGCAUGCGCAUCAUCAUCCCACCCAGGAAGUGCACAGCGCCCACGCGCAUCACGUGUCGGCUGGUCAAGCGGCACAAGCUGGCGUCACCGCCCCCCAUGGUGGAGGGCGAGGGUCUGGCUAGCCGGCUAGUGGAGGUGGGCCCGGCUGGAGCGCACUUCCUGGGGCCUGUGAUAGUGGAAAUUCCCCACUUUGGAUCAAUGAGGGGGCAGGAGCGAGAACUGAUACUUCUGCGAAGCGAGAACGGUGAAACCUGGAAGGAGCAUCUGUAUGACUGCAAGACUGAAGACCUCCGUCAGCUCCUCAAUGGCAUGGAUGAAGAACUAGACAGUCCCGAGGAGCUGCAGAGAAAGAGGAUCUGCCGCAUCAUCACCAAAGACUUCCCUCAGUACUUUGCUGUGGUGUCUCGUAUCAGGCAGGAAACCCAUCAAAUGGGACCCGAGGGUGGUACUCUGUGCAGUCGUAGUGUCCCAUUGGUUCAGGCAUCUUUCCCAGAGGGAGCCCUAACCAAAAAGAUCAAGGUUGGGCUGCAAGCCCAACCUGUACCAGAUGAGACCGUGAAAAAGAUCCUCGGCAACCGUGCGACCUUCAGCCCGAUUGUAACGGUGGAGCCUAGACGGAGGAAGUUCCAUAAACCCAUUACGAUGACGAUCCCAGUGCCUCCACUCUCAGGCGAAGGUCUUUCCAACGGAUACAAGGGAGAUUGCACGCCGUGCCUCCGACUUCUCUGCAGCAUCACAGGUGGUACAUCGCCGGCACAGUGGGAAGACAUCACAGGCACCACUCCUCUUACAUUCGUCAAUGACUGUGUCUCCUUCACAACCAACGUUUCGGCAAGGUUCUGGCUGGCAGAUUGCCAUCAGAUCCCAGAGACAGUGGGCUUGGCCUCGCAGCUGUACAGGGAACUGAUCUGCGUGCCCUACAUGGCCAAGUUUGUGGUGUUUGCCAAGAUGAAUGACCCGGUGGAGUCUAGGCUGAGGUGCUUCUGUAUGACGGACGACAAGGUAGACAAGACCCUGGAACAGCAGGAGAAUUUUGAGGAGGUGGCCAGGAGCAAAGACAUCGAGGUCCUGGAAGGUCGGCCCAUUUAUGUGGAUUGCUACGGUAACCUGGCUCCUCUGACCAAAAGCGGUCAGCAAUUAAUUCUUAACUUCUACGCCUUCAAAGAGAACCGCUUGCCCUUCUGCGUCAAGGUUCGAGACCCAAGCCAGGAGCCGUGCGGCCGCCUCAGUUUCCUUAAAGAAUGCAAGAACACAAAAGGCCUGCCGCAAACGGCUGUGUGUAACUUGAACAUCACUUUGCCUGCCACCAAAAAGGAAAUGGAGUCUGAUGCCGAGGAUGAGACUGAAAAGCCUGAGCGACGUCAUACCUUUGCAUCGCUAGCCUUACGUAAGCGCUACAGCUAUCUGGCCGAGCCUGCACUGAAAACAGCAGUUGAGCGAAGCACACCAGCCUCAAGAGCACUGCCUGCUGGUCACCCUCACAAACCUGUCUUUCCAACCAGAACUCACCCACCAUGGUCGACUGCUCCUCUUACCGUCCCUGGCCAAGCAAGGCUCGGCAGAGUGGGCGGUUCCGUCAUCACUCCCGAUUCACCGGCCGGCUCAGCAGCUGCUUCUCCACUGAAAUCUACCUGGCCCUUCUCCCCGUCACCUGCAUGUUCUUCACCAAUUAGAGCCAGCAUUGGAGCUGCAUUGCAAGCACCUAACGUGGCAUCCCCUGAAAUACUGCCCUUGUCCCCAGUGAGGUCUUACAGGACAAUACCGUCACCCAUAAAGACAGUUGUCAAGCAGGGUCAGUAUCCUGUGCAGACCUCUGCCAACUUAGCGUCCUCUGGAAGUCCGGGUAAACCUGCCACAGAUCAUGCUUCGUCCAAAAGUUUUCCUUCAGCUUACACAUCAAGGACUUCCCCAAUUCACUCCAUAUCAAAUGGUUAUGUAUCAGAUAAGUCCACAACUCCUCCAGUCUCACCAAAGAAACCAUACAGUAUCUACAGCUCUAGUAUGCCUAUUAAGAUAGACAUAGCACUAAAUCCCCCCUCCGCAAAAAGCCUUUCCCACCUGUCCUCUUUGAAGAUCUCUUCCGAUUCAACAUCGUCGCCACGAGGAGGGAAGACCUCCCUUUCAUCACUCCCGUCACCCGGAAAGACCACCAUUGCAUCGUCUGAAAUGUCCAUGGUGAAUGGGCACGUUUCACCUGUCAAAUAUCCGUCAUCUACGUCUACACCCUCCUCACCUUCUUCACGGCUUAUGUCAGAACGUAGCCUUCAAGAGAGGAUCCAAGCCACCACCCAAGCUGCAACGUCUGACAUCAGUGCUGCUAUAAAUGAAGCCAUUGACUCCUAUUCUCCAUCGGGCUAUGGCACUCUUAAAUCACAGUCAUCCCCUUUUAGAUCUGCCACAGCAAGUUCUGCUUAUAGUUCUCUGAGAUCUGCUGUUGCCUCCUCAGUACCUGCAGUUACGUCAAAUACGAUGACUGUACCUGUAUACUCACUGGUUAGUGUUAUGCCAGAGGCACUUGUUAAACCAGGGCCAGGCUCUCUUAAAAUGGUGCUUCCUGAUUCCCCUCGAGCUUCUCCUUCUUCCUCAACCUCAUCCUGUGUUACAGCCUCCAAAAUUAAUUCCCAAAUGAAAUCGCCUCCUUACAUCACACCACCCAUAAUACAUCAUGCUACUGCAUCCAAUCAGGAGAUACUGAAAGAUGUUGCAGACAUGAAACAAGACCUGAUGAGAAUGACAGCCAUUUUACAGACUGACACGCAGACAGCUGCUAAAACAGUCCAAACGUCACGCACUAGCACUCCACGUGAAGCAAAGUUAGAGGAUGAUGAACCCUACGCACUUGUUGAGAAAGUGAAGGAAGAUUUAGUGAAGGUGAGUGAGAUAUUACAGAAGGAUAUUAUGAGUGAAAGUAAAGAGUGUGUUGCGGAGGAUGGUUGGGAGGAAUUUUCCACUGAUGAGAUUGAGGAAGCACAAAGAAACGCCCUCUCAGAGCAAUACCCUCGCUUUGAGGAGAACUCACAUCUGCUUAAACACCAGUCAAAUAAUGACCUCGAUUUGGCUAAAGUGGUAGACUAUUUAACUAACGACAUUGGGGCAAGCUCCCUCUCUAAAAUGGCAGAGUUGAAAAUAAGAUACGAGGAGGUGGCAAAAGGGGAAGGGGAGGAGAAACAAAAGCGGAUUCUGAAGCCUUCUAUGACAAUACAGGAGCACAAACUAAAAAUGCCCCCGCCGGCAUCAGGCAUGAUAAGGUCUCCAUCAGAGAAGGACUUAAGCAAACUUGCUGAGUCAUAUCAGGGGGGUGACACCAUUCUUGAAUCCCCAGAGGAGUUGUCUCAUGAGCAGGACAAGAGUCCACUGUCCGACAGUGGCUUUGAGACCAGAAGCGAAAAGACACCUUCUGCACCCCAGAGUGCAGAAAGUACAGAACCCAAGCCUCUUUUCACAGAUUCCCCUAUCCCUCCCAGUGUUUCUGAUACCAGGUCAGAGGAGCUCCAUAUUCAGAGCCUCUCAGAUGAGCCGCUCUUUGUGGAAGAGGUUGUUUCUGCUCUUCCUUCUGCUGAAUCCAGUGCAGCUUUAGCAAGCUCAGUCACAGACAUUCAAAUGACUGUUCCAGAGGAGGACUCUAUAAGCAUGUGUCUGAAAGAGGAAACUCAUAUUACCACUACAACCAGAAUGGUCUAUCACAAGCCUCAGCUCACUGAUGCCGCAGAGGGGAUUGAGGAGGCCAUGUCAGUACGAGACAUCAUGAAAGCAUUCCAAUCUGGUCGGGACCCAUCUAAAGAAUUGGCAGGCCUAUUUGAACAUAAAGCUAGCCAGGACUCAGUAAAAGGUGAUGAGCUGUCGCCGAGAUUUCUUGACAGGGACAUUAAUUCUAAACCCAAAGUAGAACGGAUAAUUGAGGUUCAUAUUGAGAAAGGCCAUAGUACAACAGAGCCAACUGAAGUGUAUAUCAGGGAAACAAAAAAACACCCUGAGCUUUACGUCUAUAAAGGAGAGCGUGGCAUUAAGGAACUGCUUGAUUAUGACUUGAGCCAGCAAGAAGAGGAGGAGCUGAUUGCUGAGGAAUCUCUGCCCCCUUUCUUAGAAACGUCUCGUGUUAACACACCAGUUUCGCAGGAGGAGGACAGUCGGCCAAACUCUGCUCAACUAAUAGCUGAUGAUUCCUACAAAGCUCUAAAACUGCUGAGUCAGCAUUCAAUAGAGUACUGUGAUGAUGAGCUAUCAGACAUCAGAGGAGAGUCUUACAGGUUUGCUGAGAAAAUGCUCCUCUCUGAAAAACUUGAUGCUUCUUUAACACCCCAUUCAGACGCUGAAGACUCUUCAAUGAUGACUGACAAGAACCAAAUGCCUGGGCAGCAAGAUAGCCCCAAAAGGGAGUUUGUUUCCAAGUCAUCAAAAGAUGGGUCCCCCAAAACUGGAACAUUUUUGCAGAGAGAUGAAUCGCCACAGUUUGAUAAAGUUACAGUGCUCCAUUAUUCAACUGAACAAGGUAGCCCCAAGCAUGCAGUCUGGAUGAGAUUCACAGAGGAUAAACAUGACAAGAGCAGGGACAAGCUCCUCUAUGAGGACAGGGUGGACCAAACUGUAAAAGAGGCAGAAGAAAAACUCUCAGAGGUUUCUCAGUUCUUUCGUGACAAAACCGAAAAGCUCAACGACGAGCUUCAGUCACCCGAGAAGAAGCCAUUCAAACGAGAAUUCAAGGAGCCGAGGUCCUGGCCGAGUUCAGCAUGUAGCAGUCCUCAAAAAACAAAGGCAGGGGAAGAGGCAUUCAAUAAAACUAAACUCAGGGAACCUUCUGUGGCGAAAACAUAUGUCGUUGUACCUGCUGAAAAGAAAAGCUCUAGCUUGCCAAGCAGUCCUCAAAAAAGCCAACAAUCUAAAACUCGUGAGUCUGAGCCCCCCUCUCCUGCCAACAUAAAAUCAACAUCCAAUGUCACAUCUGUGAGGAUGAAAUUUGAAUCUGAGGCUCAGAAAAAAUCUCAGUCUAGUCCAACCAAAAUACCCCCUCCAGUUCAACCAAAACCUUCCGUCAAGAAAUUACAGGAGAGCAAACUCCCUGUUUACCAGUUUUUUUCUGAUAGAAAAACAUCAAGAAUUACUGAACCCUCACAGGAGAAAAGACCCCAAAGUAAUAACGAAGACUCCGAUAGCACCAAACUGGCUUUGUCACCUAAAUCCCCCAAAUUGGUGUCAAAUAGAAAUCUAUCAUUACAAAGAACACUUUCAGAGAAUGAUAGCGAUACCAACAAACAUCAAAUAACAAAGAAUGUCUCUGAAGAGGUUUCAAAAAUUGAUAGUGAAGAUGUAAUGAAUAAAAACUUGAGAACAAAGUCAGAAUCUCUAAUACCUGUAAGAACCCCAACCAGUUAUGACAAUGAUCUCCCAAAGAAACUUCCAGUCACAAAACCCUCACAGAUUCCAACAUUAUGUAAAAGUAAAAGUCCAGAGAGGACUUCUACCAAAACAAAUGAAAAUGUUACUUUUGAGAUCCUUGAUAAUGCUCCGAAGGAUUCCAACUCCAAUAACUUACUGAGUUCAAAAGACAUCUUGGAAAAAGUUAUAACACCUCCAGCUGCUGUUACGACCAAAGAUAAUUUCAAAGGCAUGAAAACAUUACCAGUUUACGUCAGUCUCCAGGUUGGCCGCCAGGCUGAAAGAGAGGCCAAAGGGGCGCUGCAUGCUGUCAAGCAGAAGUCAGUAUCUGGACUCUGUCCACUCAGCCCUGAUGAUGACACCUUAGAACAAAUAUCUUUCAUUGAUAGCUCAGGGAAAAGCCCCCUUACACCAGAGACCCCGAGCUCUGAGGAGGUCAGCUAUGACCUCACUGCAAAGACCCCUGAUGGCUUCAUGGGGUUGGUGCCAGAUAAACCCAGCCCAAUCAUGGAGGUAUCUGAGGAAUUAGAAGAUGAUGACAUAGGAAGAGCCAUCUUCUCUUUUAAAGAGUCCUCAACUGAAAUGAAAGCUAAUAUCAAUGCUGCCCAGGCAGACCUUGCCAAUGCUAACAUGCAGCAAACAACAAUGGCUGAUAACUACCAGAGAUUGGAAAAUAGUUCUAUCCUACAAGACGGCACUGUCAACAGGUAUGAUGAAAAACCAGGGAAGGAGGCGUCCAAAGAUAAAGGUGUUGCAUAUAUUGAAUUUCCUCCUCCACCUCCUUUGGAUCUCUCAGAAACUUCUGAUCCAGACAGGAAAGGUUCUUGUGCUUCAUCAGAAACUGAGACGGAAAUGAUGGAGGUAAAUUUACAAGAAGAACAGGAGAAGCAGCUGCUUAUUGAACCCAUAAUACGUAUUCAGCCCCCUUCGCCAGUGCCACCUGAGGUAGACAAUAAUCGGUCAAACGGUGAGGACGAUGAUGAUGAUGAAGGGUCAAUUUUUCAUCCGAUUCCCUCUAGGAAAUUUACUUUCAAAGCUCCCAGGGAAGAGGAGGACCAAAAGAGGAGGGAGAAGGAAAAUAACGGCAAGUUAAAAAAACAUGACAAAAAUGGAAAUGACAAAGAACCUCUGGUUGGAACCAAUGGCUCUAAUGGUUCCAAUGGCAAAGGAGAGGACUAUGAAUGUGAGCAAAAUGGAAAUGAUCAGUCCAUAACUGACUGUUCUCUAGCAACAACAGCUGAAUUUUCCCAUGAUACUGAUGCAACAGAGAUAGACUCCCUAGAUGGCUAUGACCUCCAAGAUGAGGAUGAUGGUCUGUACGAGCAAGCCGACUUGAAGUCUUUAGGCUCUCUGGACAGCCGUCGAGAUGUCUGGUCAACUGACACCUUCAGGCCCAUAGACCGCUCUUUUCCUCUGACGAAACUAGAAGUUAUAGAAGAAGAGAAAACCACUGAGGAAUUUCUAAAGGACCAGAAAUUCAUACCUUCAGAUGGUGAUACACCUAAUGAGGCUCACAAAGAGGGCAUUGAUAUAAAUGGACAGAAACCCUCAGGUAAAGAGGGAUUUUCAGAUACAUACUUCAGCUAUAAGUUAGAAGAAGAGUUUAAUACUCCUUUUAAGACUGUUGUGACUAAAGGGCUGGACUUUGACCCAUGGCCCAGUAAAGGUGCUGAAGAAGAUAUCGUCGAAAUGGGAGGACCCCAGGCGAACAAUGGUGAGCCAAAGCCUUUCGGGCUAGCAGUAGAUGAGCAAUCUCAGGCCACUACGCCGGACAGCACCACUGCCCGUACGCCGACAGACGAUAGCACGCCGACGAGUGAGCCCAACCCCUUCCCGUUCCACGAGGGAAAGAUGUUUGAGAUGACGCGCAGUGGUGCGAUUGACAUGAGCAAGAGGGACAUGGUUGAAGAGAGGCUCCAGUUUUUUCAGAUUGGCCCUCAGAGUCCCUGCGAGAGGACUGACCUUCGCAUGGCCAUUGUAGCUGAUCACCUGGGACUCAGCUGGACUGAGCUGGCCAGGGAGCUGGAUUUCUCCGUAGAGGAGAUCAACUCCAUCCGAGUGGAGAACCCAAACUCCCUCACUGCGCAGAGCUUCAUGUUGCUAAAGAAAUGGGUGCACAGGGACGGUAAAAACGCCACAACGGACACAUUAACGGCGGUGCUGAAUAAGAUCAAUCGCUUGGAUAUUGUGACUUUGCUGGAAGGGCCCAUAUUUGACUACGGUAACAUUUCAGGCACUCGCUGCUUUGCCGAUGAUAACGCAGUAAUCCCGGAUCAGUCCGAUGAUUACCACCAAGUAGAAGCGGAGCUGCGAACCCCCCCUGACCUCCACUCCGCUCCCCCCACCCCACUGCAAUCUGAAGACUUUUUGCGUGGUGGCGUAGUAGACCCCCAUAGCAGGCCCAGUGAGCUCCCCCUGCUCCUUGAACCCCCUCUGGUGCGUGUGGAGGACACUAGUGAGUCCCCCGGCAAUGACAGGAGGGUGGCCCAUCGGCGAACGAUGUUCGAGGGUGCUUACGCCCCCUAUGAGAGGCAAGGGAGACCCCAGGAUGAUGAUGAGGAGGAGGACGAGAUGACCCAGGAGAGGCUGCAAAGUCUCCUGGAGGAUAUCAAGCUGGAGGAGGAAGGCCUGGAGGACGAGGAGAUGACGGAGGAGAAGGUGCAUGCCAUCCUGGAGCAAGUGCGGCAGGCGGAAAAAGAUUUGUGUUCACUUCCAGGCUGGAAAGGAGGCGACGCUGCGGCCGCUGUAGACGAGACGACGGCCGAGCUUGGCCCGGCUUCAGAAGAGUGCAGUCCUGAUAGUCUGGCCGACUCGCUUGAACAGCCACCAGCUCGGAGCAGCAAGAAAGAAGAAGAAGAGGAGGAGCAAGAAGUCGAUCGGUCUGCUCGCAGAGUCCAGUGGGCGCAAAAUGUCCAGUGUGAGUGUUUCUUUGAUGAUGUGGAAGAGGAGGAAGAGGUAGAAGAAGAAGUGUCCAGCUCCGAGGAGGAGACCACCGUCACAACCAGGGUGUUUCGCAGGCGGGUCAUACUGAAGGGAGAGGAGGCCCGAAACGUUCCUGGUGAGUCUGUGACGGAGGAGCAGUUCACUGACAGUGACGGCAAUCUGGUCACCCGCAAAGUGAUCAGAAAGGUGGUGCGCCGCGUGGUGAGCUCGGAGCAAAAGGAUGCGCUCGCCGAGGAAGGCGACACUGUUGUCACUGUUGCGAAGAGCGGUGGCGGAGGAGGGGGGAAGGGCAAGAAGAGGGGCAAGCGCUCCCGGCAGGGCCACAAGGUUGCUGUAGUCGCUUACCUGUGUGACAUAAAUUUUGUGUGCUCCUUUAUUAGCACUUGGGGUAACAUAUCAAAAUGAGCAUAAAUGCAGCAUAACUUUAGUUUGACUUUCUGUAAAACUCUUGAACAAUUUAAUGUUUCAGUACUUUUUGGUCAUCUUGCAUGUCAAAAAUAUACCGUCACUUUCGCACUACAAGCCUCACCUAUAAGCCGCCACCAGCACGAAAGCGGCAUUUGUUACUCUAUUGUUUCACUCUAUUAUGGGAUAUUUACACCAAAAGAUAUUAACCAGUAACACCUUAUUUGACAGCAGCAUCAUACGACUGUCAGAAG